AAUAGUAAGACAAAUUGCCAUGACAACUUUCCACUCGAAAUACAGGUCUGCUUUUAUGUCUUUAAGUACCUUCAAAGAAAGGAUGAAACUUAAAGGAAUGCUAGAAAGUACCUGCCACUUAUAUUCUAUGCUACUAAAAUCUUGAACAAAUACACUGCAACAUCAUUGUAAUAAAACGAGAUGAAGCAUUGAAGAUGAAGAUUUGUGACGAGCUUAAAAUCAUCUGUCAAAAAACUUCUAAUUUGAUGUGAGUUCGAAAAAAUACAGAAAUAAAAAAAGAAUGAUACGAAAAAAAAGAAUCUUGCCAGGUUAGUUCUGAGCGAAUAUUUGAUGCGAAACUGGAUUCCUUCUUAGUGCCCUCCUGCCGAAUUCCCCGCGCCCUUUUUUCUCGUCAACUCACUGGCAACACCAGCUAGGUGAACCGAGAGCAGGUGGAGGUAUUGACUGGCGCAGUAUACUACGCGCUCGCGCGAAUCUUGCUACCGGAGAGUCAUCGAGGUACGUAGUCCAUGGGAAAGGAACAGAGAGAGAAGGGUAGUCCGGUUUAUAUAGCUAUCCUCCUGCAGCCUCCACCGCCCCUUCCCUUCAUCCGCCGGAAUCCGACCAAUAGGCGGCUACGCGUCUGUGGUAGUGCGGCGUCGCCUCGACUCUGUUCGCGCAGUCACAACUCGUUCGACCGUCGAACUGGACGCUUCCGCUUUGUGGAAAACGGGAAAACGAACGUGUCGAAGUUGACGUGCGCGCCUUUUCAUCGUUUUGCUGUCAUCAUUCGCGGAAAUCUUUUGUUCAUAGUUUUUGAAUCGAGACGGUGCACGUGUUUGCAGGAAUUUGCGCGACAUCUCAUUUCGUCAGUUCACGGUGGACGGUGUUCUCCCGCGGAAACAAGAACCAUGCGAUUUUCCUGGAUGUUCGUAGCCACGGUGCUGCUAGUUCUAGUCACCGAGGCGAGGUGUAAGCGAAAAUUUGAUGGGGAUUUCGAGUUUGCUGAAGAGGAUGACACGCGCAUAAUGAAAGUGGGAGAUAAGAAGAAAUGGAUACACGACCCAAAUAGUGAACUUUGUCGUCCACUGAAUUGCAAGAAGAAGGAUUUGUGUCUUCUUAAGGAUACAUUCACUGCUGUUUGUGUUUCCAAGAAGGAACUUGAAAAAUCAGGAGACAUAGUAAUCCCGAAAUCCAGGGCGGUUCAGCAGAAUCGACGAAUGAGAACGGAAACUUCGGUCGACACGGAGGACGACGAUGCCUUCUUCGAUUCCGAGGACGAUGACGAGGAUCAGGACGAGUCCAAAUGUCAAGAGUGCCCCGUGGUUAAGCCGACGUUCCUUUGCGGAAGCGAUAAUCGCACGUACAGCUCCCCAUGCCGGCUGGAAUACCACAAUUGCAUCCACCACACGUCGGUCCGCAUCGCCUGCAAAGGAUUCUGCCCCUGCAAAGCUUCUGAUCUUCGUGCCCACAACAAGAAGAUGCAACUGCAACGACAAAAGGCUCUCUCCGGCAAGAUGCGAAAUCGUGACAUAACGUUGACACCACACGUUUUCAACUAUGACAAUCAUCAUUACCAAUACUUGAAAUAUUCCAAACGUGCCAAGGCACUGGUUGGAAGCAAGUACGACGACAAGCAUCUGAUGAGCAACGAAGUAAUGGAAAAGACUCCAUCCCCCUUAAAAUCGACGUAUAACUCCCAAUCAUCGCGAAACUCUGAUUGCCCCCCGUCAUCCAAGCCUGCAAUGGCGAAUCGUCUCCUGGAUUGGUUCUCUGUCGUGAUGGCUGAUUCUAAACACCGUCGCCCUCAUCCUAAACCUAAAGGUCACUUCCCUAUCGGUUGCCAGAGCGAGGUCAGGUGGAUGUUCGGACAUUUGGACAGCGACAACGAUGGCAGACUCUCUCUUUCCGAGUUGUACGGGCUGGAACACGAUCAAAACGAGCCGUGUCUGAAACCGUUCCUCGACGGUUGCGACACGGACAGAGACAUCUUUGUAAGUGGUCCUGAAUGGUGUGGAUGCUUUUCAAAGGCUGAACGCCCCUGUGCCGCUGUACGUAAACGAUCAUCACCCGACGUUGCACCUGCUUGCGAUUCUCGAGGGUAUUAUCGAAGCACCCAGUGCCAUCGUGGUUUAGGACUCUGUUGGUGUGUGGAUCCUCAUGGUGUGGAAUUCGCUGGGACUAGAACACGUGGCAGCAAGCCAGAUUGCGACACGAUCGUGAACAAGAUCAGCAACGGUGGAUUAAAGACGAAUAGCGUGGAUUUGGACGAUGACGAAGAUGGUGGUACAGAUUCUGCCCAGGAUCUCGAAGGGUCCGCCGAUCAGCCAUUAGACUUUUAGAUUCCUUAGAAUCAGCCAGCAACAACAGAAACGGGAGCAGCAACUUAACGUGAUAUCGAACAGCCGGACGACACGAUUCCUCUUGUAAAGGAGAAUUGAAAACCGUUCUCCCGGUUGUCCACUGAUUUCGAGUAUCGCCGUUGUGAUUGGAGGUGUCUUCAAGUGAAACAGGUCGGCGUAGGCUGCGACUCACGCGUGAACCUAAAAGUCAGAGGAGCAACGAAACAAGUAUGAGGAUUAACGAGAUGUGACACGAGCAGCGGAUAACCUCUGGCAUCGUGAUUGCACGACUUGAAUAUUAAGUCCUCUUUGUCCAUUGGUCAUGAUCCUUAACCCGAGAAUGAUCAUUUUUUUAUAAUAAUUAAUUUAACAUAUUUUUUAUUAAUUGAACUUAGUUUAUAGAUUGAAUUUAAAUAAUGGAUAUUGAUAUAAAUAUUUUUUUUUUAAUUUUUAUUAUUAUUUUUUCUUUUUCUUUUCUUUUGUUCAUAACACAAGUGCCAAACGGGUUAAGAAGCUGCUGAAUCGAAGAAUCGUAGGAUGCUUGUACAGUGCAAUAAUUGAAGGGCUAAAUCGUGCAAUAACAAUCUCGUGUGACGCUCUAUUUUAAUCAAACACCAUACAGGAGAUAUCGAUGUUCGACGCAGUGACAGAAUCGUCCUUAUAAUUUUAAUGAGAUACGUUGUACCCUGUGUGCCUGUCGAGGUACCUCCAUGCACAACUCUAUAAAUAAUAUAAUUAUAUACUAUUUAUGCAUUUACAAACUAGAAGUUUCGCGAGAGAGAGAGAGAAGAGAGAGAAAGAGAGAGAGAAAGAGAGAGAGAGAGAGAAAGAGAAAAAAAACAAUGCAAUAGGAGAAGGGAAAGAAGCUCAUCCUCCAUCGGGUAAAAUUCACAUGUCCACUCCACGACGUAUAGAAAUUAUAAUAUCUUUAAAAAAAAAAAAAAAAAAAAAAAAGAAAUACGAAAAAAGAAAAAGAAAAGAAGAAAAAUGCUCUAUGUAAUUAUGAUUUCUAAUUGCGCUAGAUUAACGAUAUCUCGAAUUAUAAUGUCUAAGCAUAAUAUAUAUAUAUAAAUAUACAUAUAAAUAUAUAUAUAUAUAUAAUACUGUCUAUGACUUACGAUAAUAUAGCGGACGAAAACAAGCUGGCUGAGAGAGAAAAUCUGGCAGAUCGUCAGCAGAUGCGAAAUACGCAUCUAAUACAAUCUUAGAGAGAUGCACACGCUUGAACACGUAGGAUAAAGUAAACAGAAAAGUAUUUGCAUAGUCCGAAUCACGAACAUAGAUUUAAUUGAGCUCUCUCGUUAUAAAGCACUGAUUCGCUGAUUCUUAACACAAGAAAAUAUACGCCGACAGCAGAUAUAGAUUUCUGUCUCCACGCUUAUUUAUUUUCUUCACGCUAAUUCUUCUUCCACUAUUUUUAUCUUUUUUUUUUUUUUUUUUUUUUUAAUUUUCUUUUCUCUCGUAGCCAUCUUGCGUUGCGAGAUUUAGUGUAAGAUAUAUUGCAUAAAAAAAUGACCUAUUUCAUACUCGCUAACUAAACUGAACCGCAGUUUAAUCACGAUGAGUGAAAUAAAUUACAUAUUAUUUUUAAUUAAUAUUCGAUUUUUAUAAUAUUUAUAAAAUUUUCUGCUUUCUUCGAAAAUUUAUUUCUUUUUAUUUGUUGUAUUAGUAUUAGUAUUGUAUAAUUUUACUAUAAUUCAUUGAUGAUAUAUUAAUUUAUUAAAAUCAAGUACAAGUAAUAAAGUAUAUUGUUCAUAUUCAACGAACACAUCGUGAUUUGUCUGCGUUUAUUGUAAUUAUAAGUAUUUUUACUUAACAAACUUUUACUUAACGAGUGUGUGGUACACCGUAGGUUCUAGAGUAUAACAUAUAAUCCGUAGAAAACUGAUCGGUGUGACUAUGUGAAUAUGCCCUAGUAUUAGACGGCAAUUUACGUAGGAAUAGCCAGUGCAAAUUAUAUGUAUCUCUUGUCUAGAAAGGAGCAAAAAACAUGGAGAUUAUGUUUUUAAACUUAGAUUAUGCUUUAUUUCAUUUUAAUUUCUUUAUGCUCCGAUAUAUUAUUAAUUAGAGAUACAUGUAUUCCGAAUUUAAGUACUUACUUAUAUUCUUAUUAAAAACAACAAGAUUUACUCUAAUCUUUUUUACAAAUACUUGAUCGAUAAUAUUAUAUAUCAAAUAGAAACUAUCAGUAAAACAUAUUUACACCGAAACUAAGUUUUAUUAUUCUACAUAAAUUAUUUGAGAGUAAAUUUUGCAUUUUAACAAUUAACAUGAUAGGUGCCGCAUCAUUUUCAGAGAUUUAAAAUAACAUACAAUAAGAAUUCAUAGAAACUCUCCGUGCCAUUGAACAUUUGGUGUACGGGAACCUCGUCCGCGAUGAAUUAAUUAACGUGUAUACUCUUUGCUACGUUGAGCGCAAUUUAUAUUCCGCCUGAAUUAUUACCGUCGACCUAGAUUAACAAGUAUAUUAACUUCAAACAAACAUAAAUAGUUUUACCGAAAGUCUUGCAUAUUGUAUAUACAUAAUUAUAUACAAUGAAAAAUCAUCGUCUAUGAUCUUCGUACCGUGAUGAUUUUGUAAGGUAUGCACUUGGUCAAAGCGUAAAGAAUUUUUACUUCAUUCCAGAGCUACUAUUAAUAUUUCACCAAAUUGGUAUUGUACAUGUGGCUGUAAGAAUUCUUUAUGAAUAAAGAUUGUUGUAGAAA